AUGGUCACGACGAUUACCUCUGGAGGGCCAGUAAUGAUUCGACCUGUUGAAGUUGAAGCCCGGGAUGGAUACCGGCUCUGGCUCCGGUACUCGGAUGGAGUCUCAGGGGAGGUUGAUCUGUCCCAUCUGGUGGGUCGAGGCAUGUUUGAAGCCUGGCAAGAACCGGAGAAUUUCAAGAAGGUGUUUAUUGCUCAGCAUCGCUCCAUAGCAUGGGAUGAAGAGAUCGAGCUGUGUCCUGAUGCCAUCUAUAUGGAAUUAACCGGCAAGACUUUGGAGGAAUUGCCCGACGCCGUAGAUGCUCCAGCCCACAAUGCCUGA